UGGGAUUGGCUUGGCAGAUAGAGCUGGAUUUCAAUUGGUCAAUCCACUCACACUCACUUAACAUACCCCCAAAUCCAAGUUUAAGUUGAAAGUCCUCCUUCAUCCCGGUAGCUGUACCGUCGGGUUUUUUUCACCACAGUCUCCAGUGAAUAGCAACUAUGUCAGUGUUUUCUGAUGUCCCCCAAGCAGCCCCUGUAGCUGUCUUCAAGCUAUCACAGGAUUUCAAUAACGACCAAUUUCCCAAGAAGGUGAAUCUCGGAGUUGGAGCCUACAGGACAGAUGAGGGUCAGCCAUGGGUUUUACCAGUGGUGAAAAAUGUGGAAAAGAUCAUUGUGCAUGAUGACCGGUUAAACCAUGAGUACCUGCCCAUCCUGGGUCUGCCUGAAUUCAGAUCUUCUGCCUCUAAGAUUGCACUGGGAGAUGAGAGUCCUGCCAUCCAGGAGAACAGGGUGGGGGCUGUCCAGUGUCUGGGUGGUACAGGUGCUUUGAAGAUGGGUGCAGAAUUUCUCAGGCGUUUCUACAAUGGAAACAACAACACCAAAACACCUGUCUAUGUGUCUGCACCUACCUGGGAAAAUCACAAUGCUGUAUUCGCCAAUGCCGGUUUUGAGGAUAUCCGUUCAUACAAGUACUGGGACGCAGAGAAGAGGGGCCUUGAUUUUGCUGGUUUCCUUGGAGACCUGGAGAGUUGCCCACAGCACUCUAUCUUUGUCCUGCAUGCCUGCGCCCAUAAUCCAACUGGCACAGACCCCACACACGAGCAAUGGAAGCAGAUUGCAGAAAUUAUGAUGAAAAGAAAUCUGUUUGUGUUCUUCGACUCGGCUUAUCAGGGAUUCGCCUCAGGCUGUCUGGAUAAAGAUGCCUGGGCGGUCCGCUACUUUGUCUCAAUGGACUUUGAAAUGUUGUGCGCCCAGUCGUUCUCCAAGAACUUUGGCCUCUACAAUGAGCGUGUGGGCAACCUGACCGUUGUGGCUCGUGAUGCAGACAACCUGAAGCGAAUUCUGUCCCAGAUGGAGAUGAUUGUCAGGACCACUUGGUCCAACCCACCGUCUCAGGGAGCUCGCAUUGUUGCCAUCACUCUUAACUCAACUGAGCUCUUUACUGAAUGGAAAGACAAUGUGAAGACAAUGGCUGACAGGGUCUUGUUGAUGAGGGCUCAGCUGAAAGCUAAGCUCCAAGCUCUGGGGACACCGGGCACCUGGGACCACAUCACAGAGCAGAUUGGCAUGUUCAGCUUCACAGGCCUUAACCCCAAACAAGUGGAAUAUAUGGUGAAGGAGAAACACGUGUAUCUAAUGAGCAGUGGUCGCAUCAACAUGUGCGGUUUGACCACCAACAACAUAGACUACGUGGCUGAGUCCAUCCAUGAGGCCGUCACCAAGGUCCAGUAGAAGACUACACUACCCACACUUGUCAGUUCUUCUUACUGCCUUGCCCUGAGCCACCUGAUUCCAGUGACCGUGUUCAUCCAGCAGAUUUUCUGGAGCAAACAUAAACUUUAAUUUGCACAAAUAUAAAGACAGCCCUCAGCUCACUGGCCCUGUUUCCUGUUCUUUUUAGUGUUUGUGCUAAGCUAGGCUAAACACAUCCUGGACCUACGUCUAUCUCAAUGCACAGCUAUGAAUUAAUUAUUUAAUUUAUUGUGUUUAUAAUUUGUCCCUGUUUUCUUCAUGAUGGUCUCCCACUUAUAGUUGUGUGAAAUCGCAGAUUUUGUACAUGUAGUGUAAUAUUAGUGCAUGUGUCAUUAUUACCAGGACCUUUUAAUAGGGUUAGGAUGUGUAUGUGUUACAAUUACCUCAGCAGUGCUGACUAAACUAAAAAAAUGUUUAAUGUCAUACUGUUAUGAAUCAUCCAUUUCAGGUGUUAAUAAUACAUUUUCAAUUUUAUUUAACCUGCUUUAAUUAGCAUGAAUGAUUAAAGGUUGUUAAGAGCACUGACCGAACUGACUCAAUGCAGCUUUAAUUAGAGGUAGCAAUUAAAAUAAAGUAUGUAAUUUCUGUCUCAGUGAACUAGCAGUAUUACGUUUACUGCUGGGUGUGAUGUGAUCAAACGUUCUCAGGAAGAUAUUUUGAACUUGAACUGCGUUAUUAAUGAUACCUUCUUCUGCCCAAAGGGGUUAUACCAUUAACUUACUUUUAAUCUGUAUUUAUGGAGUUCUAUUUCUAGUUUAUGUUCAGUGAGGAUAAAUUGCAAACUAUCCUGUUUAUGGUUCUGACAGGCACCUGCCAAGUGAACGUUGAGUUUGCACAGAAAAUGUCUGUUGGUAGCACUAGUGCACUAUAUGUAAGAUCCUCAUUGUCAGUGGCACACACACACUAAUGAUCAACCAGCUUGUCUCUCCUUACUAGACCUUCUAAUAACAUGCACUAUUCUAAUAAAGAACUAUAAAUAGUA